UGACUCCGACUACCCUUUCGUAUUCGACUACGUGCUCUUCUUUUACCGUCGUCUCUGUUUGCUGCAACCUGCCCGUUAUUGCGCUUUCAUAGUAGAUGGCAGACCUUAGCAACAUCCUCGCCGCGUUGGCGGCACAAAGACAAGGGAGCACUCCGCAAGCCGCUCCCCCUCCACCGGUUCCUGGUGCUCCCUACCCUCCGCCUCAGUACGCCACUCCUCCAGGCAGUGCACCACCCUACGGUCUACCUCAGCCCAUACACUCUGGGAGUGUUGAUCUGACCAACAUAAAACCAGUCAGCUCGGGCUCUGUCAGCAUUGCCGAUGCCGUUGCCAAAGCUCGGGGCAUAGCUGCCGAAAAGGGCUUGUCUUAUGACCCAAGUAGACCACCCAUUAACCCUUCCGAUCUUCGCACUGGAAGCAGAGCAUACCGACGCUCAAGGUCACCCUCUCGGUCCCCUCCGCACCGCGAGGGCUAUCGCGACGUCUACAAUGCCUACAGAGAUGAACGACGCGGGAAUGACCGCGGAUACAACAGAGAGCGCUCGUUGUCUCCAAGAGGUGGGCGUUAUUCUCCUGGACGAUAUCGCGACGAUCGGUCACCAGGUCUCGACCGAGGAGGGGAAGGUGAUUCGGAAAUUCUACCGCUUGACAAAGGCGUAGUUGGCCUUAUCAUCGGGCGCUCCGGAGAAAACCUGCGCAGGGUUGAAAACACCACGGGCGCCCGCGUCCAAUUUAUGGAUGGACCCGAAGUUCCAGGCCCUCAACGACACUGUAGAAUAUCUGGCAGUCGAGCCGCACGGGCAGCUGCCAAAGCCGAGAUUUUCAGGAUCAUUGACGACAACGAGGUUGUAAAGAGGGGGCAGGACAAGUCGCGCACCAACCAAACCAAGGUCACGACUACCAAAGAGGGUGACAGCCUUCAAAUGAUGGUCCCUGACCGAACAGUGGGCUUGAUUAUUGGCCGAGGCGGAGAAACCAUUCGAGAUUUGCAAGAUCGAAGCGGGUGCCAUGUCAACAUCGUCGGAGAAAACAAGAGUGUAAAUGGCAUGCGACCUGUCAACCUUAUCGGCAGCGCGUCGGCUCAGCAGUACGCAAGAGAUUUGAUACUGGAAAUUGUGGAGAGUGAUCAAAAAGGCAUCAGCAUCAAAGACCUCCACCGUGAGCGCGAGGACUCGCACAGCAAGAUCAAUGACAGUAUCGUCGUACCCGGCGAGGCAGUGGGUAUGAUCAUCGGCAAAGGGGGUGAGUCUAUUCGUGAUAUGCAGAAUCAAACAGGGUGCAAAAUCAAUGUCUCGCCUGCUGCUGGACGAGAUAUUGAACGCGAAAUUGGUCUCAUUGGCAGCCGGCACGCCAUCGAUGCGGCCAAACGUGCCAUCAUGGAGAAAGUUGACGUUGUACGUGCUCGAACACAAGCUCGUGAACGUGAAGGUCGCGACGACUAUGCGGACAGGUACCCAGGACAACAGCCCACAUAUCCUCCUGCUGCGGUCGGCGUGGCCCAGGGCGUUGCGCCGCCCCCAGCUGCUGGGGCGGCAGACCCAUAUGCCGCGUAUGGGGGCUACCAGAACUACCUUCAGAUGUGGUAUGCAGCCAUGGCGGCUCAACAACAAGGUGGCCAAGGUCAAGGUGAGCAACGAUAAGGCGCGUUGAGUGGACCAACCGUGACCUGGCUCGUGACUGUGGAAUUUCGACGUCGUUGCUGGAUGAUCUCUAAACCCCUUGACGACCAUGCUCUCGCCUCCUCGACGUCCGGAUGAGUGCUCGCCAUGCUGACUUGGCCAAUCUUCGCACAUGCUGUGACCCACCUCCUUCGAAACCACCGUCGACCUUGCAAGUUCUGGCUUCGCAUGAUAUCGCUGUACACUCACACACGUCUCUGUUGGUGUGACACGCCUCCUUCUCGUUCCUGACCGUUGUUCGCACUUGCGACUCGACCAAGCUCCACGUGCCGCCAUCUUCGGGCCUUUGUGCCAGCUACAGGUGACGAGCAAGACGAGAUGAUGAACGACCACCCAUAUACCGGGGAACGGCAUGGGAGUGCUAGUUGACAUUCGCCACCUUGCAUUGUGUUGAUCAACAUAGCUUCAAGUACCAUAUUGGGGUUUGCAUCCCUCGGCGCACGACAUUCGACUUCUACCAUGUGAAUACCGUAGGUACAAGUAUUAACAUGCAACUCCGCUCGGCUGUACUUGUAUGUGUUGGCAGCCUCGUCACGUGGCAGAUGAUGGGAGGGCUGAGCAGUGAUGCAAGGGGCAGUAGGCCGCAAGUAGUAAAGCUCGUUGAGGCUUGAAUCAUGGAAUGACAUCAUCGCCGUUGCUGCCCCACCUUCCAG